AUGUCGUCUCGUCAGCCGGCCUCUGUGCCAAAACAGUCGGGCCUUUAUCAUGCCGUCAUGACACCCAUCGUUUUUGUCUCCUUUAUCGUCUCCCUCGCCUGGGUCGAAUUUCGCUACUCAAUGCUGCGCAGCCACGAACACGACGGCCCAGCUUCGAAUCCGAACAUGAGUAGCAACAAAAACAGUAACACCGCGGUCCGCAAUGGGGACGCCUGCAAUCAGAACAACGUAUUUAUGCCUGGAUGGCUGCACUCGCUCGUCUACUGCCGCCAGCCCUACCACUAUGUCCUCGUCAAGGGCGACGGGGACGGCCAACCCGCUGUCAACCGACCUUACACGAUGGCCAAGACCACCCGAGCUGCGCAGUCGGCCAGCAACGACGGCUCCUACUACCACAGUAUGCAGCGCAAGCUCCUUAAGAUGGAGUCGGCCGAGGCCUUCCGCAUCCGCACAACGGUGCUGUGGGUAAUGGGGCUGGCAGUAGCUGGCAUUGCGUACUUGGCCAUGACAGGCCUGCGAUGGCUCGUUGGAUUUGUGUGGAGGUGA